AUGAUCGAGGAUUUACCCCCGGUGGACGUGGAGGCCAUCACGGCCGGGUACGGCCCCCACGCCGCCGUGCCCCGCCUCAUGUUCAUCGCCGAUCGGUCCGACGACGAGGCGCUCAAGCUGGACGCCCUGCGAGCCGCGCACGACAUCUUGAAGCAGGGAGACGACACGCGCGCGUACGCCGCCGUGGUGGAGAAGAUCGCCGGUCGCCUCGGCCCGUCCCACGAGCUGGACAAGGAGUGGGUCGACGAGACGGACAGACGCGCGGCGAAGAAGCAGGAGGUGCUCGACGCGGAGCUGAACGGGUACAAGACGAACAUGAUCAAGGAGUCGAUACGGAUGGGCCACAACGACCUCGGGGACUUUUACCACGCGCGCGGCGACCUCAACGCCGCGUUCAAGUGCUACGUUCGCACCAGGGACUACUGCACCACCCCGAGGCACGUCGUCAACAUGUGCCUCAACGUCAUACGCGUCAGCGUCCAAGCCGAGAACUUCGCGAACGUUCAAAACUACGUCGCCAAAGCCGCAGCCGUGCCAGAUUCCGCCGAUGACCCGCUCGUCGCCGCCAAGCUCGCGUGCGCCGGCGGUUUGGCCGCCAUCGAGCAGCGCAAGUACAAGCUCGCCGCCGAGAAGUUCACGCGGUUGCAGUCGGAGGUUGGAAGCGCGUACGACGACGUCGUGGGCGCCGCGGACGUCGCGACGUUUGGCGGUUUGUGCGCGCUCGCGUCGCUCGACAGGAGCGAUCUGAAGAAGGACGUGCUCGAGAACCCCACGUUUCGGACUGCGAUGGAGGCGGCGCCGGAGGUGCGUGCGUGCGUCGAGGACUUCUACAACUCGCGUUACUCGUCGCUGUUCGACGGACUGGAACGUCUGCGACCGCAACUCGCGCUGGACCUCCACCUGCACGAUCACGUGGAUGCGUUGUACGAAGCGAUCCGUCGCAGGGCGUUGGUCCAGUACGUGGAGCCGUUCAGCGCGGUGGACCUGCGGAGGAUGGCGGACGCGUUUCGCGUGGACGACGUCGCCGCCAUGGAACACGAGGUGGGCGCGCUCAUCGCGGACGAACAGAUCAGCGCGAGGAUAGACUCGCAGCGAAAGACGCUGCACAAGCGAAGGGCGGAUUCGAGGGCGACGACGUACGCGGAUGCGCUCGAAGCCGGGCGAUUGUUCACCAAGGUGAUCCACGCCAUGUUGCUGAGGACCAGUUUGAUGCGAAACGAGUGCACGGUGAAGGGCGCGAGCGGCGGCGCGGGGGCGUCGCGGAGGGGCGGGCCCGGCCCCGGCGGCGGCGGCGGCGGCGGCGGCUGGGGCGGCGGCGGGGGCUGGGACCACGGCGGAGGUCUGUUUCGGGGACACGGGAGGGGUUUCGGGGGUGUGGACGGUGGGGGCGAGGGCGGGCCGGGGUACUCGCGCGGGGGGAGGGUCGGGGAAGGGAGGGUCGGCCGCGGGUCGCGCGCGGCGGCUGCGGCGGAGAGGGACGGCGGCGGCGACGUGACCAUGGCUUCGGGGAGCGAGGAAGAGGACGAGUGA